ACUUAUGAUUCAUCAUAAUAAAUAUAUUUGUUACUAAUUGUCUUUUUCUCCCCCCAAAGGUAUGGAUAUAUGUUCUUCUGAUUCCUUUGCUGAUUCUAAGUGGGAAUUCCAAGAAUGGUACACUGAACAUACUCAUUGAGAAGGAGGUAGAUGAACACCUAGAGGUUAAUAUUAUGAUCUAAACCUUGUUAUUACUGGAUGCUAAUGUACUGAAGCAGAUUUCCUAACAGAUCAAGAAAAGGAGCAAAUGGGAACUAUAUAGAAUACCAAUGCUACAUUGUAACACUUUAUACUUUUAGAAAUAGUUUUCACAUGACUGUGUUUGUUACUUUCAGACAAGGAAACAUCAGGUCAAAGGACUGACUUUCCUGACUAAAAUCAUGAGACAAAUGGGUAGAAGGACUAAUUCAGUGAUCUUUCUACCUAAAUAAGAGAAGAUUAAGAAUAAGAGACAGUGUGAAAAAAUGUUGUGAAUACCAAAAUACUCAUACAUAAUAAAAUGAAUGAUUUAAGGAGUAUACUAUGGAUAAAGUUUUAAUCUAUAUUCUUUAUAAGAGGCAUUAAAUUGUCUUCUGCUGUUUGGUUGGGUGAAAGGCUAUGGGGAGUCUCAAUACCACUUUCAGAGAGGGCUUCAUUUUGGUGGGCUUCUCAGAUUGGCCUCAACUGGAAGUUUUCCUUUUUGUCUUUAUUUUUAUUUUCUACUCUCUAACUCUUUGUGGCAACACCACUAUCAUUGCUCUCUCCCAGCUGGAUAUUCGACUGCAAACACCCAUGUACUUCUUUCUCUGCCACCUCUCUUUCUUGGACCUCUGCUACACUACCAGCACUGUGCCUCAACUGCUGAUCAAUCUUCAAGGACCUGACCGGACCAUCAGCUAUGGAGGGUGUGUGGCCCAGCUUUUCAUUGUCCUUGCCUUAGGCUCAACGGAGAGUGUUCUCUUGGUGGUGAUGGCUUUUGAUCGCUAUGCUGCCAUCUGUCGUCCACUCCACUACAUGGCCAUUAUGUACCCCCAUCUCUGCCAGGCAUUGGCUGUUGUCUCCUGGUUGGGAGGUUUCAUAAACUCUUUGAUUCAGACAGGUCUUAUGAUGGCCCUACCUCUCUGUGGCCUUCACUUAAAUCACUUUUUCUGUGAGAUGCCUGUAUUCCUGAAGUUAGCUUGUGAAGACACAGAAGGAACAGAGGCAAAGAUGUUUGUGGCCCGAGCCAUAAUCUUGAUCUUUCCUGCAGCACUAAUUCUUCUCUCCUAUGUACACAUAACUAAGGCAGUGCUGAAGGUCAAGUCAAUGGCUGCAAAGAGAAAGGCUUUUGGGACUUGUGGGUCUCACCUGCUUGUGGUUUCCCUUUUUUAUGGCUCAGCCAUCUACACGUAUCUCCAACCCAUUGACAGUUAUUCUGAGAAUGGGGGAAAGUUUGUUGCUCUUUUUUAUACUAUUGUUACCCCUAUGCUCAAUCCUCUGAUUUAUACCUUAAGGAACAAAGAUGUGAAGGGGGCUCUGAAAAAGCUACUAGGGAGAGGCAGAUACUAA